AUGGGCACAGGUUCGUGGUCCCUCAUAAGUAUGCAGCCCCAAUUGGGAAUCAGCAAGGGGACAGCGAGGGAUUCCAGCAAGGAGACGACCAGGCGAAUGGAGCUGGACAUGGAGAGGGAACUCAGGAAGGAGCAGAGGAAACUCAGGAAGAAGUACAAGAAAGUAUUAAAGCAGAUGGGGAAAGAGAAGUACCAAUCCCUGGUAAAUGAAAUCAUCUCCGUGGAGAGGGAGCGCAGCGACUUGCUGGGGAGACUUACUCCCACCUUCUCUCUCUGGAAAGAAAUCGAUUCUCAAACAACGUGGACAAUCGCCACAAAGGAGCCUGCUACUGCUACUACCAGGGACGAUGAGAAUCAACUUGCGGAGUACUUCAACUUGAUGCUCCAAGAUAUGGAGGACCUGGGCCAUCGGAUGCUUUCUAUGCUAUAUUUUCUCAACAAAUCCAAUGACCCCAUCUGCUCCUACAAGGCCACCGAGCUGUGCAAUACAGCAGCCAAAUUAAAUAUGCAGAUAUCCAAGGGAUUCGGCAUGAACCAUGAGCCGGAGCAGGAGCCGGAGCCGGAGCCGGGGCAGAUCAACUUGUCGACUCUUUUCAGCAGAUACUAUCGAUUUCCCAAUAAUUACGAGAACACCUUGGCCAAGUUAGACACGAGGGAGGAGGAGACUAAGUGUGAGGAUGUUAAGGUGAAGAAGACCAAGGAAGAGGAGGACAAGGAGAAUGACCCAUCCACAAUCGAGUAUUUCAAGAAAAGUCUGGAGCUUGAUCAAUACUUUUUCGCCAAGGAAGACUUGAACUGGCCCCUCAAAGUCUACGGCAAGAUUGCUGCUCGAGACACUGUGGACCGCAACCGCAACAUUCUAUUCUCUCGGUCAAAGUGUGAUUACCAAGAACCUAAUGGACAAGAUGAUUCCUUAUGCUUGACUGGCCCCUCUCGUGCGAUAGUUGCUUUGGGCCAUGUAGACUUUGAAGUUGAACUCAAAGUAAUCGAGGGAGCGGUGUCGCAAAGUUUGAUCAUUUGUGGAGGCCGUUACGGCGGUACAGAUGAUUGUUCCUCUUCUUCAGCCAGCGUGACUUAUGGUGGUGAUGGACCUACCUUCUUGCUCUCCAACCAUCGCUGCACAACAGAGGUAACACUUGAGCAGCUUGAUAGAUCGCACCAAGCUACUAUUGUGGGUGUACGAGUAACCAAAGGGGCUUGGCCUAUCAAAUAUGGAUGCCGGGUUAUUUGCUUUUGGGCUCCUGCUUCUACGGCAGAUGUCAUUGAUACCACUUGCAGGCCAGUUGUGCUGCUUGACCGCCGUGGUAAAGGAUUACAUAGAGGAUCAGAGAACUACCUUCAACUAUCAAGGAAAGUGGUUUCAGUGCAAUCACAAGGAACGCUGAGAGUGGCCAUAGAAGCCUAUGGGAAGUCCCGUCGCUGGAUUGCUCGGAAGGGCCACAUUGACUUUCCUGUUCAGCAGUGCCAAACAAGCAAGCGUGCUUGUUUAGUUGGUGACACCACAGUGGAGGUGGUUUUAGCUUGGUCGUUGCUUAGUUGA